GGUAUUUUGUUGGAGCUGCGCGGCUCGUCCGCGGUCAUUGGCUGGGGCGUUGCCAUGGAAACCCGGGUCACAUGCGUGGGUUUCCUGCACAGCCGUCAUCGUCGGAGGAAGGAGAAGGCGAGGAUGCUGAUGAUGCCGCUCGGGCCCAGGAGGCGUUUUCUCGAGCAAAAAGCGCAUCUUUGACGGCCCUCUCAAGUCUUGCCGCUGCUGUCGCCGCCCCCGUCGUUGUCCCUCGAGCCUUUCUCGACGCCCUACAGGAAUGAGUAUAGAAAUCCCCGCGGGCCUGACGGAGCUGUUGCAGAGCUUCACCGUGGAAGUGCUGAGGAACCAGCCGCGGGACCUUCUCGACUUCGCCCUGCAGUACUUCACCCGCCUCAAGGACCGAGAGAGCCGCCGCCGCCGCAGCAGCAGCAGCAGCAGCAACAACAGCAGCAGCAACCGCCGCCGGGCGCUCUCGGGCCCGGAUGGGGACGACCAUGGAGGGGAGCCGCCGCCGAGGGCCGCCGGCAAGGCCGUCAACUUCCUCGACGAGGCCAUGCAGAUCGACUCGGAGAACGAAGAAGAAGACGAAGACGAGGAAGAAUUUCAAGCGCCGACCAUAAACAGAUUCAUCAGAAGAGCGUCGGUGUGCGCCGAAGCCUUCAACCCCGAUGAAGACGAUGACGAGAAAGAGCCCAGGGUCGCCCACCCCAAAACGGACGAGCAGCGACAGAGACUCCAGGAAGCGUGUCGGGACAUUCUCCUCUUCAAGAAUUUGGAGCCCGAAGAGAUGGCGCAAGUGUUGGACGCCAUGUUUGAGAAGUUCUGCGCCCAAGGCGAGCGCGUCAUCGACCAGGAUGACGACGGCGACAACUUUUAUGUGAUCGAGAGGGGGACCUUCAGCGUUCUCGUCAAGGUGGAGGGCGGCGAGAAGCUGGUGGGUCGCUACGACAACCGCGGCAGCUUCGGGGAACUGGCGCUGAUGUACAACACGCCCAGGGCGGCCACCGUCGUGGCCGCCCUGCCCGGAGCCCUCUGGUGCCUCGACCGUCUGACGUUUCGGAGGAUCAUCGUAAAGAACAACGCCAAGAAGAGGAAGUUGUACGAGGCCUUCAUUGAAACGCUUCCGCUGCUCACAUCGCUGGAGCUUUCCGAGAGGAUGAAAGUGGUGGAUGUGAUCUCGACUAAAGUGUACUGUGACUCGCAGCGGAUUAUUGCGCAGGGCGAGUCGGCUGAUUGUUUCUACAUCGUGGAGUCCGGCCGAGUUCGCAUCACCAUGAAGAGGAGCAGGACGAAAAAGGAGCAGGACGAAGAGGAAGUGGAAAUCGCCACGUGCUCCCGGGGCCAGUACUUCGGGGAGUUGGCGCUGGUCACCAACAAGCCCAGAGCCGCCUCCGCCUACGCCGUGGGGAGCGUCAAAUGCUUGGUGAUGGACGUGAAAGCCUUCGAACGUCUCCUGGGCCCGUGCAUGGACAUCAUGAAAAGGAACAUUGCCAACUACGAGGAGCAGCUCCUGACGCUGUUCGGAAGCGGCGCCGACAUCGAGCAGCGGCGCGCCUGAGACCGCUCGGCGGAAGGCUUUUCGCCCGCCCCUCCCGCGUCCGUUUCCGCAAAAAAAAAAGGGCGAAAGAAACCAACGCAGCUUUUCUUACAGGACGACCACGACGAGACGUAGGUGUUUUGCAGUCGAGUCACGUACGCCAAAGCGGAGUCGCUUGACGCGCCCUUUCCGUCCGCAUUUGACCUUGGUUGCUGUCCCCUUUUGGUUCCGGCCUUGGCUGAAGAGCCACUUCUUUUUUUUUUUUGCCUCAGACAGAAUGUCAACAUGAUGGGACCUCAACAUUUAUAUUUCCGUGUUAAAUGUGCGUGCCCAGUGGCCUCCUAGUAUUCUUUCGCAAAAAAACAAAAAAACUUCAGACAGAUAGCGGCUACCGCUAGUUUUGUUUUUUUUUAAGACUUGCCAACACAGUGUUGUCCAAUUUCAUCGGAAGGAAGUACAUGCAAUUGCUUCAGUUAUUCUCAUGUGUGGCCAUGUUUAAUUUUUUUUGGGGGGGGGGGGCUCCAAGUCCGGCUGAUUUUUUGGGUGUGUGCGUGCCAGACGAUGUUUAUGUCUACCUCGACGACAACAAUGUUCGGGAGCGCCAAUCAAUUUGAAAGUGAAUAGAAGUGAACCUUUCUGGGUAUUGUCCGCUUCAAAUGAAAACAAAUCAAACGUGACCAUUUUUUCGUUUCAUCCCUUUUGUUUUCUUCACCGCAAACCCAGUUCACUAAGCCGUCAUGAUGACUGUGUGUUUCACUUUCCUUGUCAAUAAAAAAUAAAUCCAC